AUGCCUCACCGACCCUCCAUGCCUUCCCUCGAGUACUACAAGCACGUUUUGCGAAAGGAUCUCUUUCGAGAGAGCCCCGGUGUCAUUGCAGUUCACGGGGAAAGCUGGUACGAUUUUCGCAGCAAGGUGCAACAGGUGAUGCUCCAACCGAGAACGGCGAGAAUGUACCUGGGAGCCAUAGAGGAGGCGAGCCUGGCCUUUGUUCGAAGAGUGAGGAACAUAAGGAACGAGAAGGGAGAGGCUCCGGACGACUUUCUCAACGAAAUCCACAAGUGGUCCCUCGAAUCCAUCGCUCGCGUAGCCCUGGACGUCAGGUUGGGAUGUCUCGACGAGGACGCGAAUCCCGAAACCCAGAGAUUGAUCGACUCCAUCAGCACGUUUUUCAAAAAUGUCCCGGUCCUCGAGCUCAAGGUCCCUUUCUGGAGGCUCUUCAACACGCCGACUUGGCGGAAGUACGUCGACGCCCUGGACACGAUCGUCAGCAUAACUGCUAAGUACACCGAAGAAGCGCUCUCGAGAUUACGAUCCCAGUCAAACCCGGAGAACAAGGAGCCCUCGCUUCUGGAGCGAGUCCUGGCCAUCGAAGGGAACCGGAAACUCGCGUCCACCCUCGCCCUCGAUUUGUUCCUCGUUGGAAUCGAUACGGUAAUUGGCCGAUUCCCCAGGUUCCAUGAUAAAAGUAUAGAAAAUAUAAUUAUGCCAUGA